AGCUGGUUCUGAGGUGAUGCCCUCAUUCUCAAUGAUUUGCAUCUGUCUGAAGUGAAUUCAUGGGCUUGUGUGCAAUGCAAAACACAUGUGAAAUGUUAUUUAGUGUGAGACGUGAUCCAGAAAUGAAUUAAAGUACAUGCAUCGUCGCGUUAUUAAUGUCACCUGUCACAUGAAUGACAUUUUAAACGAAAUAUAUAUUAUUUUUUAAUUAUUUCAUGUCAAAACACGAAACCUAAAUCAUAUCUAAUGAAAUAUUAUAGCCUUGCAUAUCCCAAACUUUCACCGACGUUUUGCCUUUAUUUUAUAUCAUUCCUCGUCCUUCAUUUUUUCUUUUGUCUUCUUGCAUUUGCAUAGUGUGAGGGUGUUAAUUAUGGUUAAUAUUUUAAUCACGGGUGAGGCUGUUUCACACAUUCAGAUUAAGUUACAGUGUAAGCGCGUGACGCACGGCACGUGUCUGUUACCACGACAACAACAAACUUCACGGAGAAACUGAAACUUCUUGUUUUGUGGCCAGUUUUAGCUGCAUGUCUCGGAGUCAGUCUUCACGGAGAACCGGGAGCAUGAGGCCGGUAAACGCCGCCGCUGACGGCCGGAAGAUGCGCAGCAUCAUCGCGGAGGAUCCCGAGUGGUCCCUGGAGCUGGUUCCUCUGCUAACAACUCUCUGUCUACAACACAUCAUAAAACAUUUCAGAGAGAAACCUAUUUUGGAUGAACUUACGCCCAACUACAAAGCAUACGUCCUCCAGCGACUACCAACGUCUCUUCCCUUGACCGUCACUGCAAACCUCAUCAGUGACGAGAGCUACUGGAAACGCUGCUGUGAGGCUCUCUGGGCCGUCAGUGACGUCUCCACCUACGACAACAGCUGGAAGCGCAUGUUCUUCGAGCGUCACCUAGAGAACAUCAUUGAAUACUUCAUCCCAGAUGCAACCGACACCAAGACAGUCCUGGACGCGGUGCCACUGUGUGGAAGCUACGUGAAGCGGCUGAGAGUCUCUCAGCUGCUGCCACCCAUCCGAGAGUCGGCCCGGUUUGACGAGGACGACCGCUCGGAUUGUGCCAGCGACACGGGCAGCGAAGGACCCUCGGUGGAUCACUUCGAUUUCCGUAUUCUGCUCGACAAACUUCCGAACCUGGAAGAGCUCAGCGUGGUGUACGGCGUGAAAGGAUGCGGCAUGAACUUCGAGUGGAACUUGUUUGAGUUCACCUUCAGAGACUGUGAAUCCCUCGCAAAAGCCCUUCAUUCCUGCAAGACUUUACAGGUCUUCAGGAUCCAUCGCAGUAAGGUGGACGAUGAGAAGUGUUGUCUGCUUGUGAGUCAACUGCUGGAUCACCCGUCUCUACAGGAGCUCGACUUUUCACACAAUCACAUCGGGGACCGCGGAGCCCGAGCCAUCGGAAAGCUCCUGAACCGCAGUCAGCUGAAGAAGCUGGUCAUCUGCAACAACCAGAUCAGAGGUCCAGGAGCUCAGGCGCUGGCUCAUGCUCUGUCCAGAAACACCAGCCUGAUGUCCCUCAACCUCAGGCUCAACCGCAUCGGGGAUGAAGGGGGUCAAGCUCUGGCUCAGGCUCUGGUGAAGAACAAGACCUUGGUGAACCUUCAUCUGGGGGGAAAUAAGAUGACCGAACCCUCGGCCGUGGCGCUGUCUCAGGCCCUGGUGGAGAACUGUACCCUCGAGAACCUAAACCUGUCCAACAACAAACUGGGAGUUGACGGAGGGAAGGUUCUGGAGGAAGGGAUGUCCCACAACAGCAGUCUGGUGGAGUGUGACCUUCGGCUGACCGAUGUGGCUCAGGACAGUGAGUACUGCAUCACUCAGGCUCUGCGCACCAAUCAGAGCCAAGCUGCAUGCAAAAAUCAAACACCAGGAUGAUCCCAGUGUCAAAAUCUGAGCCAAUGAAGAACAUCGUAAACAAAUAAAAAAUUGAGCAAAAUGUCUAUUAUUAUUAUUGAAGCAAGACCUUACAGACAUUUAACUGACUGAUAUAAAUAUACUUUGCAUAGUUCAUAUUUCACCCUAAAAUUAAAAUAAUAAAUGUAUUUUGCAUAA